CUUCUUCGGAAUAUCCCAUACAAUUGCGGUACCAAUAUGAAGAUUUUUGUUUCACUAUUUACACUUUUGGUAAUUUCCAAUUGUGAACCACCUGUCCCAAAUAAUCCAUAUUUACGACUAAGUAAAAUGGGAUUAAAAAGAUUUGAAGUUCCUAUGUUGAGAAGAGGUGGUUUAGGAAGUUAUGGUGUUCCAAAUCAGUCUUAUGGUUUACCCAGACAAAAUAAUGAUAUUCCACGUCCACAAUAUGGCCCACCAGAACAAAAUAGUGAAUCGUUUGGCUAUGCUGAAUUCAAUAGCGAUAUUCCAAGUCAGUCUUACGGUGUACCAAAUGCAAAUAGUGGUGUUCCCAGACAAGCGUAUGGUCCACCAAGAGCUAAAACUGGUGCUUCAAGGCAAGCUAAUCGUGCACCAAAUGUAAAUGGUGGUGCUCCAAGGCAAUCUUUUGGUGCACCAAAUGUAAAAAGUGGUGCUCCAAGGCAGUCUCUUGGAGGUCCAAAAGCAAAUAGUGGUAGUUUAAGUCAAUCGUAUGGCGUUCCUGAAUUUAAUAAUGCUCCAGUUCAAUCAUCCCGCCCAUCAAAACAAAACAGAGGAACACUCAGUACUCGCAAUCAAAAUAAUGGUAUUCCUAGUCAAUCGUAUGGUCCUCCAAUUGAAAGUAUCAGAGCUCCAAAUCAAAACUAUGGAAUUCCCGAGGAAAAUAACGAUAUCCCUAAUCAAUCUUAUGGUGUUCCAAAUCAAUUUUUCGAGUCUCCAGUGGAGUUCAAUGACAUACAAAAUGAUAUUGCAAGUCAAUUAUAUGCUGCUAAAAAUGUAAACAGUAGAUCUCCAAGUCAAUCUUAUGGUGUACCAAGUGCAAACAGUGGUGGACAAAAUGGUGUAAACAAACCUGCUCCAUUCAGACCAACCGUAAACAGUCCACCUCCAAGUCAAUCUUAUGGUCCUCCUGUGCAGUUUGUUGACAUUCCAAAUGAAUCUUAUAAUCCUUUGAGUGUAAACAGUGUUGCUCCAAGUCAGUCAUACGGUGUUCCUGAUAUAAGCACAAUACCAAUUGAAAACAGUGGUCUAAGUGAAUCUUACGGUUUUCCAAGUGCAAACAGUGGUCCGUCAAGUCAAUCUUUUGGUGUUCCACGUGCAAACAGUGGAACUGUUAGUCCAAAAGGGAACUCAAUUGGUCAAAUUGGAGGAAACAAACCUACUCCACUUAGAGCAACUCGUCCAUCCUCAACAUAUGGGCCACCUCCUAAAGAAAUAACACCUAGCAUCACUAUACGAUCAAACAUAGAGUAUGGAAUGCCAAGUUCCAUUAACCAACAACCAAAUAAUGCAUACUUGCCCCCAAGUGGACAAGAACUUGGAACUGGUGGAAACACUUACAGUCAUGGAGAAAACAAUGGUGACGAAUUAUCUGAGCCAGCCAACUAUGAUUUUGAGUAUAUGGUAAGUGAUCCACCAUCUGGUAAUGAUUUUGGCCACAAAGAAUCUCGUCAAGGUGAUGAAACUCAAGGAAGUUACUAUGCUGCCCUCCCCGAUGGCCGAAGAUUAAUUGUAGAUUAUAGAGCAGAUAAAAAUGGUUAUCAACCAAAUGUUCGUUAUGAAGGUGAAGCUAAAUUUCCAACACCAACAAGUAGUUCAACAAAUCAAGAUGGAGACUAUAGUUUGAAUGAUGCAUCGAGCGGAGGCUAUGAAUCCAACGAUGGAUUCGAUUCGAAUAAUGAUGGUACUCAGGAUGGAUAUGUUUAUUAA